AUGCGCACCCUUGCCCAUCCGAGCAGGCAGGUGCACCAAGCGGCUGCGCAGCCCUUUCAACCUACCGACGUCGAGAAGAAGCACGAAGAGGAACUCGAUCAACAGACUGUUCUCACCAAGCGUCACGCCGACGAGCACGCCGACGAGAAGCAAUCUCGCGUUCUUCUACUACAAGCCGCCGCAUUUCGCCACAAGCUCAGGGAUGUUGAGGCCAAACACGCGAACCAACUGAGGGCAGUUCUGGACGGGCAGGAAGAGCUGAUGAGGCAGAAAGAGGAGCUCGAGAAAAAAAUUGAGAAGCUCGAGAUUGAACAACGAGAAGCGUUCAACAGCUUCACCGCACAGCGCGCCAAACAAAGGAGUAGUCAUCACACGAUCGUAAAAAGGCUUGGAGUUACUCUUCAGAACGCUCUCGGAGGCGUUGCUGAGCGCAAGGGUAAAUGGUUUCGACCAGCUAAGCAGGAUGUCACCUCAGAGAUCAACGGCCUGGUCUUCACCAUUGGAACUAUGACAGAUCUGUUGGAUCGUAUGAUGGCGCUUCUGCUCGAGGCCAGCCAGGAGCUCGAGUUGGGCGAGGACUAUCCCGGGGAAGAGUUCAUGCUAGCCCGAGUGCUCGGCUCCAUGAGGAGACGCAUCCUAGCCUCAGAGAAACUGAAAAGCGGUCUACACCAUCAAAUAGACCGACGAGUUCCUGAAAUCCUUGAAAGAGCGUUACCCUCAUCCACAAGCAUCGAGCUCAAGCUCGACUCCCUGUUCGACCGGGUCAAUACUACUGUUCGCGAUCAGAAAAGCGCCGCGCUUGAUGAGAAGAACGCGGCGGUUGAUGCUCUUGAGGGGGACUUGGACGCCUACCUCCAAGAUGCAUGCACUAGUUUGUACCGUCCCAAGAUCUGCGAGAGCAGUAUUCAACAACGGGUCAAGAAAUUUUUUGACAUACUUGUCGCUGAGUACCGCCGCGACCAGCGUGUCUACAGAGAGCUCAUGGAUAAGCUUCGCGUUUCCGCGAGCAACAAUUCCAUGAGCAUUUCGGUGCAUCCUCGAAGAGUAGACAUAUGUGUGCGCUCUUACAUCGAUGCCGUUGACGUUAGGCUUGGGUCAUCCCCUCGUCCCAGGUAUGACGCACCCUCGCCGGUUGUUUGA